UUUACGUAUUCAGUUAUAAUUCAUAAUUUCACCAUGUCGACACGGAAAUGCCAAAAAUUAUGGGGUGGUCGUUUUAAACAAGAAAUCGAUCCUGAUUUUCAUGACCUAAAUGCAUCCAUUGAAUUCGAUAAACGUUUAUAUGAGGAAGAUAUUGAGGGAAGUAUCGCUUAUGCAAAUGUACUAUGCAAAUCUGGAUUGUUAACAGAAGAAGAAGUACAACUUAUCGAGAAUGGUUUUGAAAAGAUCUUGAACGAAUGGAGGACCAAUCAAUUCGUUAUCAUUCACCAAGAAGACGAAGAUAUUCACAGUGCAAAUGAACGCAGAUUAACGGAAUUAAUCGGUGACGUAGCCAAAAAAUUGCACACUGGCAGAAGUCGAAAUGAUCAAGCAAUAACAGAUACUCGAUUGUAUCUUCGAAAAUCGAUAGAUAAACUUUAUUUAAGAAUUAUUAACUUUAUUGAGACAAUGAUUAAUCGUGCUGAAAAAGAUAACGAUAUAAUUAUGCCUGGUUAUACGCAUAUGCAACGUGCACAACCAAUUAAAUGGUCACACUGGCUUCUUAGUUACGCUUGGUACGCAAAAGCUGAUCUAGAAAGAUUACAAGAAAUUCGUAAACGUGUAAAUAUAUUACCGUUAGGAAGCGGAGCCAUUGCUGGAAAUCCAUUUAAAAUAGAUCGACAAUUAUUAGCAACUAAUCUUGGUUUUGAUGACGUUACUUUUAAUAGCAUGUAUGCAGUUUCCGAUAGAGAUUUCGUUGCUGAAUUUCUUUUCUGGUCAUCUUUAACGAUGAUACAUUUAAGUCGGUUAGCUGAAGAUUUAAUCAUUUAUAAUACCAACGAAUUUGGUUUUGUACAAUUUUCCGACGAAUUUUCAACUGGUAGUAGUUUAAUGCCGCAAAAACGUAAUCCUGAUUUGAUGGAACUAAUACGUGGAAAAAGUGGCACUUUACUUGGAAAGUGCACAGGUUUUAUGACGACUCUCAAAGGUAUUCCAUCUACAUAUAACAAAGAUCUUCAAGAAGACAAAGAGGCAUUAUUUUCUACGAUCGAUACGUUAAAUAAUAUAUUUCUUAUCGUUGAAAAAGCAUUAAGUUCUUUAACGAUAAAUAAAAAAAAGUGUAACGAUGCUUUAACGACCGAUAUGUUGGCUACCGAUUUGGCAUAUUAUCUUGUGCGGAAAGGGUUACCAUUCAGAGAAGCACAUCAUUUGGCUGGCAAAGUUGUAAAUUUUGCUGAAUCCGAAGGAAUACCAUUAUGCGAUGUGCCAUUAGAAAAAUUACAGAAAAUAAGUCACAUUUUUGAGAAAGACGUUCAAUGUAUAUGGGAUUUCAAAAGAAGCGUUGAACAAUACGACGUUAUUGGUGGUACAAGUUCAUUAGCUUUACGUCAACAAAUUGAUUCUAUUCGACUUUGGUUAAAAAAAUCAUUUGUACAGUCGGUUGAGUUACAUGAAGAUGUAGAUUAAUUGUUUUUUGAAACGAAUUAUAUGAUAUUAACAAUUCGUUUAUUUUGUUUCAUUUC